AUGCCAUUUAGAUUCCCAGUAAAAUUUGACAUUCCAAAACACGCACACAUCAACGCACGUGUCCUUAGGGAUCAUUUCAAGAGACUUCAGUUUGCUGAAUACGAAGUGACAAGAAAUGCUUUGAAAUACAUUGCACGCAAUGAAGAAUUACCACCAAGAGUCAGAGUCGAAGCUAACUUGCAGUUGACAAGUAUGCCCAAGUACACUUCAUUUACACAGAUUAGAGACCGUUGUGUGGCGACGGGGAACUCAAAGUCUUUGAUUCGUGAUUUUAAAUUGAACAGAACUGCAUUCAGAAACAGAGCUAGAGCCGGUUUGAUUCCAGGAGUGCAUGUCGCCUCGUGGUAA